AUGAUAGCGGAGAGCAGCACCGUAUUCAAAUCUCCACAUCACUGGGACGUUGUGUUCAGAGAGUUGGGUAAAAAAUACGGUCCGGUAUUGACCUUCUGGUUCGCAAAUACCCCGCAUAUAGUGGUCACAGACAUAGACACAGCGCGCGAGGCUUUCCGUCGGAAUGAUUUCGCCGGAAGGAGUGAAUCCUAUUUCGGCAGUCAACUAUCAAACGACGAGUUCCAGGACGUGGUGUUCACCAGUUAUGGCCACACGUGGGAAGCCCUCAGACGUGUCGCACACUCGGCCGCACAAAAAUACUCAACAAAUGACAAACUCGCGUAUUUGGCCAAUGAUUGUGUCAAACAAACAGUAAAAACAAUAUUAGAGAAGGAAGGAGAGGGUAAAGCGUUUGUGCCCCGGGAUUACAUAUACUUAAUGUUUCUCAACAUACUAUCUAUAAGUGCUUUCGGUCAGAGCUAUGAUAUGGAGGACAAGGAAUUUAAACAAAUAAAGUAUGCGUUGAAGGACUUCGGCAAAGAGGCCGGCAGUAGAUUCUUGUUGUGGGAAUUCUCACCACUUUUCAGAUUUAUUGACCGAAAGAUGUCUCAAAAACAGAGAAGACUUAUGAGAGAAUUGGUGGAAAUGAUUAGAAAUAAGUUUAAACCACAUUAUGACGACUACUCGGAUGCUAUUGAAAGAGACUUUUGUGAUGCACUCAUAACCGCUAAGAAUGAGGCCCUCAGAGAGGGUAAAGAGUCGGCCCCUUAUCUCACCGAUGAUAACCUGGCGAUGGCUGUGUUCGACCUGUUUUUUGCCGGAACCGAUACAUCCCAACAGACAUUUCAAUGGAUUUUACUUCUGAUGACAUAUUACCCGGAAAUGCAACGAAAGUUGAGACAAGAGAUUGAGACACAAAUCGGAGACCGAAUGCCAACACAUGAGGACAGGAAUCGAUGCCAUUAUGUCAUGGCUUUCAUCGCUGAGACACUGAGGAUAAGAAAUGUAACCCCUUUUGGUGUCCCACAUAAGGCUGUUGUCCAGAGUACUAUCGGAAAUUAUACCAUACCUGAGAAUACAGCCAUUCUCUUGUAUCAGAGUUUAAUAUUAAGGGAUGAAAAGCAUUGGACAGACAAUGGUGGCGAAUUUGUCCCUGAACGUUUUCUGGACAGUGAGGGGCAGUAUAUGACUACCCGUCCAAAAGCGUACAUACCAUUCAGUGUGGGUAGGCGUCAGUGUUUGGGCGAGAAGUUAGCGAUCGCCGACUUAUUCCUUGUUUUGGUCGCAUUUUUGCAGUCGACUCAAGAAUACGAUAUAGUCCUCGAUAGUAAUGGUGGUAUAGACCCGGAUCCUAAUAUUGUUGACCAAUUUAGUCCACCCGAGUACAAAAUACUACUUAAGAAAAUAUAAAAUUACCCAC